GGGGAAUUAUGGCGACAGAAAGGGAGCAAGCCGAGGUUGACCUCCAGAAAGUCAGCGAUGCAUUUUCAGCGCUGCGUAAGAAAGCAAGAGAGUUAGGGAUCAAGGAUGCACAACUGGCGAAAAUAUCAGCCGUGAAAAGUCUUAAGAAAAAACGGGUGACCUGUCUUGUUUUAACGAGUGUUUUGGUGGGCUUGCUAGGAGUUUUGUUUGGGGUUUGUCUUCUUCUGUGUCAACAAGGGGUUCUUACACAGGAAUCUUUGUACAGGUUCGCCCAAAACUAUGUCCUCGACUUUGACAUGGAAAAAGAUAUGUGUCUUUUCCCUUAUCCUGAGAUUAUUUUGGACAUGUUUCGACCUCCGGUUAAUUGUAGCGUGUGUAAAGAUGUUCACAUCGUCGACAGAGUUUCCUCUUUGACUAAAGAAGACUUCGUGCGGAAGUAUGCGUACACUGCUCGACCUGUUGUGAUCACGGAUGGAGCUAAAGACUGGACAGCCCCUCAGUAUUUCAGUUUCAACUACUUCAAGUCAAUUUAUGGCCCAGAAAGCCCAGUCAUGACUGAGGACGAGAGAUGCCAGUUCUUCGGUUAUCAGACGAACUUUAGAUCACUGGGAGAAGUUUUUAACAUGUCUGAAAAAGACGCGAAUAUGGAAGGAAAGCCUUGGUAUAUUGGCUGGUAAGUACAGAGAGCGUUUAUUUUUAAGUGAUUUCUGAACUCACACAGGUUUUUUAACUGCUAAACAAGACAAUACGCCUUUGACUCGUAUCGGUCAUAUGUUUCAGAAGGUUAAUGAAGACUACAUGAAAAUUUUACACGUUUAAGCUCAUUGUUUACUUUGAACAUUGGCGGGAUAUUUAUUAAACAGCUUCAAGUGAAGCUUAUAUGAUCAAAGAUGUUUUUAACUGGACAUUUUUCUUAAAAUAAAAUUCCCAAAAAUUAGGAUGGGAGCUUUUGAUCGAACAUCUACCACGAUCGAAUUUUUUGGCUUUCGUCAAAUUUAGCUCAUGCUCAAUUAAUUUUCAUUCAUUUUCAAAUCAGAAGUCAAACUUAUUGUUCAACUUAUUAAAAUGUUAUUCCAACAUUGCUGAAUUAUUUUCUUGCGGUAACGAAGUAAGCUAUAAGUUUAAUUUUCUGAUUGAUGCCACGUAUAUCCGGUAAAGAAGGAGCCAAAUGAAAUGGUACCGCAGUUAGGAUUAGUUGCUUUAGCGUAUUUAUAGGCCUUGUUUGAUCUCUAUGAAUAAUCGAACACCUGUCUUCUGGUUAAAUUUAUUGACAUUUUCACAGUAAGGAUUUGUUGUCCCUGUGUUCGCAUGCAUGGAGGGUAGUGAGGGCAACUAACAAAUCAGAAAACAGGAAGAAAACAAAUACCGGCCAAAGUUGUUUGGGUCAUUGGCAGGACUGAUGGAAAACAAAGUAAAGAAUUGAAAAUUUUGGUGCACAAGUUUUAGGCCACCCAUUCCCUUUCUUCUACGUUUAGUAUCACAUGCACGCGUCUCCUUAUUUUGGGUUGGUCAAUAAAAAAUAAAAAAUAAAAAAUAAAAAUUCCAAAUUCCAAUUUGACCAGGAAUCAGGUAGACAAAGAAACACUGCAUGCAUGUGCUACUUCUCUAAAUUUUUAUUUAUUGAUUUAAUGAAUUAAAUAAAAGAAUCACGCAAUAAAAUCCAAAUUCAGCCUCUUGGUCUGAUCACCUGGAUUCAUUAUGACAAUCAAUAAAAUAUCAAUUUUUUAGCAUCACAACUUCUGGUGGCAGCUUGUAGUUAUGUGUUAAUCCCUGUAUACACAUAGGAAGUAUCCUUGCCUAUUCCUAUCAAUAUACUCUGAAAAAAAUCUGUGGAUUAUAAAUGCUUAACUUAAAUCCUAUGAAAACAGAGGAUUUUCUUUUGUGAUUCUGAACUACCAGUUUUCAAGUAAAGAAGUCUUCCUUUCGGCUUAAAUUUGAUGGACUUACAAGAACCCUUUAUCGACUGGUUGUUCGGAAAAAAAUAUCCAAUAUUUUUUUAAAAGAAGAGUUUGUCGUUAGUUGUACUUCGUAAAAUGCUGCCUCCUACCAAUAUUAUAAUUAUAGUUAUUGCAAUGCUCAUUUUAACAAAUCGUUUGUCUGUUAGUAGAGUCAUUUGGUGUUAAUUUACAGUUCCCAUUCCAUUUUUGUCUUGUUAGGAGCAACUGUGACCCAUCUGCAGCAAACGAACUUAGAAGACAUUACAAAAUACCUUAUUUUUUACCUGAUACUUCAGAAUCAAGCAAGACGGACUGGCUUUUUAUGGGGUCCCCUGGUUAUGGUGCUCAUUUGCAUGUAAGUAAUCCCUAGUACACCAUUUUCACAAAUAUAUAGGCAUCUAUUGGACAGGGCUUCUGAUAGGUUGCAGAAAAAAAAGUCAAAUUUCACAGGAUUUUCAGGGACAAAUUCAUAGAAAAAUCAUCUGAUUUCGCGGGUAUUUUCGGGGUAAACUUCGCUGAGAAACGUUGUUUGCUUGUUUCUUGGAUGAAGUUUCAAGAUAAAUUUGCAAGUGUAUGGCGAGUAAACAGCCCCAAUAGCCAAGAUAAGUUUCAUAAAUGUUGUACAGACAGGUAUUUGAUAUGAUUUCUAGUGAAUUUCACAUUAUUUUGUGCGUUUUUUUGUGAAUUUUGUGGGAUUUCAUGACCACGCGAAAUAUCAGAAGCCCUGUAUUGAGAAAUUAAAAUCUUCUUAUUAUAUAACUUUGUUGUCAUGCAGGGAAAAUUAGCCUCAGAAUUGCAUUUAAAAAAAUGCUAGAUGAAGGGACAAUUUAUCUAUAAUUUUUAUUCCAAACUUGGUAAUGGAGACUAGCUCUCCAAAGUGUUUAAAUGACGUGUUAAUGUGAUAUUAUGUAUUAAAAAACAUUUAAGAUAGUACACGCAGUCUGAUUGGCUGAGAGGCGUAUUUGCAUGAGAUUAAUGUAAACAUGGUUGUGACAUCAAGAUGUUUUGCUUUUAGCAUGCUGCAUGUAAUCACACAAGCACAAAUUUGAAAAAGCUUUUGAGUUGAAAACUUGACAAGUUUAUUUAAUUUAUACCCAUUCCUUCAUCAGCUGAAACUUGGAAAAUCUUUACAGAACAUGCUGUGUCCCAGACUAAGCGGUAAAACCACUUACAAACCUGCGUGCAUUCCCUCUACGGUGACAUACAUGUACCUACAGUUAUUUAACAAGUAUUCCACGGGUGUGCAUUGAAUAUGAGAUGGUAGAUUGCAAACGAGGCAUGUAGUGACGAGUUGGCUAUCAUCUCAUAUCCAACAAGCAUGAGUGGAAUGGGCGAUUCCAGAAAAUAUCCAUACUAUACCACGGAUGGCUUUUAGGAUUUCCGAAGGGGAUGGGGGUUCACGAUUAUGGAAUUUUGAGGGCAUGGGGGGGUAUUUACGAUUGGAAAUCCGAAGGCAUAGGGGAAUUCCACAGGUGGGAUUUCUGGAGUAGAAAGUGUAGAAUGAUGAGUGAGGUCCUUGAAAACGCUAUUGUUGUGGACUUUUGUAGUUCGGAAAUAAACCACAAACGUAUGACCGUGGAAGCAGAAGACAAGCAUCGAUAGAUCAGACACGUCUUUACGCUUAUAACUUAUAGACAUGAACAGUAAAACGUGGGUUUCACAUUUCUUGUCACAUGAAUAAAAACUAAAAAUGUAUCUUACCGCUUGCAAAUUUCUUGUUACUCCCAUCCGAUGAAUAUGAAAAAAACUUGCUCCAGUCCCUCGACUCCGAGGAACACCUGUCAGGUUAGAACACUUUUCGUGCACACUACAUGACGUAUAAAAGGACCCAACAAGACUCAACGGUAUAUUUGACCUCCGAAAGAUUUUAACAGUCUGAAUUUGAGCUAGUUUGCUUUGUAAACGUCAAAACAGCACAAGAAAACAAAAAGGAGUAAAAUUACCGCAAGUGGUGUUUAUUUUUAUAGCCAAAUUCGGACUUAAAAAGGAGCUUGCACAGCCUGGCCACUAGCGGUAGGUUUUUCUUGUCGCUGAAGAGUAAAGCUUGUUGCCUGGCGCCGCUAGAUCACAGCCUUGAGGAGGCAUAAAUUCAUUUUCGUUUGUUCAUAUAGGCGUUGCUAAGUCGAAAAUGUACUUCCAAAAAAAAAGUGGAAAUUCUGAAGGGGAGGGGGGUUCACGAUUAUGGAAUUCUGACGGCAUGGGGGGGGGGGUUAACGCAUUUUGGAAUUUCCGAAGGCGAGGGGGGGUUAAAACAUGGAAGCCGUCCGUGGUUGGGUAUGGAUAUUUUCUGGAAUUGCCCAAUAAUUGUUUUAUAAUGAUAAAAAAAGCCCACAAAGUAUCAAGAAUUCUUCCCUACUUUAUUUGUAAAAGCAACCAAUUUUCGGCUUGUUUUUAAAUUUUUUAGCAUGUUAUAAUUAACAAUUAUUCCUCAAGCCCGAAUGGGCUAUAAUUUUGACUCAGAGGCCAUGAGGGCGAGAGGAAUAAUUGUUUUAGUAAAAUCCAACUAGUUGGUCAAAGAUAUCAAGAAUAAAAAAAUUCUAGCUAGUUAAAGCUAGACUUUAAUCCUUUUUUGUUGGCAAAAAGCCAGCACUUUUCGCUACAAGUGGGCUAUAACAUAUAACCUAGUAGUAGCUCAACCAAUCACAAUGCAGCAUUGAUAAUAGACCACUAGCUGGGUUUUGCUAAUGGCUCAUAUACUAUGAUGCGAAGCCAAUCAAGAGUUCUAGAAUUGCAUCAUUCAAUGAUUCAGUUUUUAAUAAAUAGCCAAUAUAUUAGCCUAUAUAGUGGCCUAUAUAAUACCGUCAGUAUUAAUACUUACCAAAAGUGAUUACAGUCUGUAUUUGAGUCAGUCAAACAAGCAAGAUUUACAAAAAGCAGUAUCAAAAGCAUUUUUCUUAAAGAUCUCUUAUGCCAAUUGCUUUUGUCCAAUAGAAAUCUGGGUAAAAAAAAUUACUCUAACUUGUCCUCCAUCUGCAGAUUGAUGCUGUAGGGAACCCAUCGUGGCAAGCCCAAAUAAAGGGGACAAAAAAGUGGACCCUGGAACCACCCCCAGAGUGUGCCCAUGUUUGUGAUCCAAAGCUUGAAGUGACAGUUAAUCCAGGAGAGAUAAGUGAGUAUUGACACCUUAUAUGUACAUGUACAUUAAGAUGCACUGAUGUAUGGGCACCCUGCUAGCAGAUUAGCUUAUCAUUUGCUCGAUUUUGGAAAGACUCUGCGGGAGUUGAGCAAGAUCUUUGUUGAGCAUGGGCUGCAUGUCCCUGGGGUACAGUUUCUAAACCCAGGCCUAACAGUCAUGUGCCUCAUACAGUGGCCUCUUUUAUGACCAUUAAAAAUGAAUGCUUGCACUAAAAAAAUCCAAAUACACUUUUAAAAGAAGCAGCUGCAGCCCCAAGUUCUUGAAUUACUUAACCCAUCUUAAGCUUUCUUUUAUGGCUCGGAAAAUCAGCAUGGGAUUUUUUGGGGGUUUUGUCGGAAGCCCAAGGGAUUUUUUGGGUUUUGCUUUUUACCCCCCAUUUGGUCAUCUCCGUCACUUUAAAUUCAGAGUACUCCCCCAGACAACUGAACACUUGUAAAAAUGUAAACUGACAAUUAAUUUUCAGUAAAAUAUUUUACUGUGUUGUACAUGUAUAAGAACGUAGGUUAACUUGAAUGUUUUUUUUAUUAUUUUGCAGUUGUCCUUGAUACUAACAAGUGGUUCCACCAAACAGACAUUCUUGGCAAGGAGAUGAGUAUCACGAUUGGAUCAGAAUAUGACUGA